GCCCUUUCAACAAAAAAAUAUAUUCGAGGUGAGAGAAGUGGCCGUUGAAUACCGAACCUGGUUCCGCAAACUCUUUUUGGUUUCACCAGCAUUGUGAGCUUAACUGAAUGAUGCUAAUGUCGAUUCCCCUUCUCUUAUGUUUCGAUAUUCCUUGGUUGCAUGAAUGCCUUCGAACUACAGCCACCCUGUCUCGAGGAUCUGAAAGCUCCGCCCAGCGAGAUCAAAGACGCUAUUUGGAUUUCUGUACCCUAUCGCUUGCUCUCUUUUUUGGUUCCGUACUUUAUUUUCCCUUAUUUCAUCGAUUUUCUGGACAGAUUUGUCACUAUGGCGCCAGAGCAAUUGUCGGGCAUCACAGACAAAUUUGGACCCGGAGUAGCCAUCCUUUAUGGUACCUUUAUAUCGCUAACACUCGCAAUCCUUUACGAACGGCAGAGAGAUAUCCAAAAAGAUGUUGCAGUGGAAGCCUCGCUAUUGGCUCUGAUAACGCGCAAUAUUUUGCAUAUCUUCCGAGACAAUGAAGCCCUGGCCAAAAGAGCUGGUCAGGGUUGUGCGGAUCAGAUCCGGCUGCUUUCAGUGGCCAGUCGCGGUUCAGAGUUACUUUCCAUUGUGUAUGCGGAUCCGUAUUCAAUCAUAUUGGAAACCAUUGAAGAGCACGAACGAGCCCUCAUGGAAGAGAAUGCUGGAGUUCUCRACGGUGAAUCGGGAAUGAUUGAUGGUUGUCGGCAGACGUUGCAAGAACUGUUCACAAUUCGAGGCAUUCGACUGAGUGACGAAUCUUUGGCCCUGCCACAAACUCAUUUCCUAAUAAUGACAAUUCUCACUAGCUUCAUUCUGCUCGGAUAUGCCAUUGUAAGUUUUCGGUAUCGGUCUUCUUUUCGAUGCUUCAUGUUCGUUUUUCCUUCAUCGAUGAUCAAUAAUGGAUAGUACUUCUACUCAAUUCUCAUGACACGCCCUGCCUUUCUCGUUAAAAUCAGAAUGUGCUCCCUGUUGCUGUUACAUUGGGAGGCGCAUCGGCAGAAAGUUGUGUUGUCUUUGGCUUACUGACAGCAAUAUACAUUAUAUUCUAUA